AAAACAGCAUGGAAUAUGGGAAUCUUUGUAAACUUCCAACAUGUUUCAGUAGAAAAGGAAAGACAGAAAGCUUUCGGAAAUUUCACGUUUCCAACCAAGUCAGGUAAAGUCCACAAGUCAAUGACGACGAACCGACCAUUUGUGCCCUUAUGAUUUCAUGAGUGUUUCAUUUCGUUUGUGUGUGAAAGAAGAAAAGGAAAAAAAAAAUCAAAAGCAGCAAAUUCCAGGAGAAAUUGAAGAGUAGUGAUGGGUAUUGUUAAGCUUGGAGAGAACAUGGGGAUCAAAGAAGAGGUGAUCAUGAAAGCUUGUUCAAUGGCCAUGAAGGCUCACAAAUCUCCAGAGAAGCAAUAUCUUUCUGAAGGGAUUCAAAGUUCAUCAUCUGAGCUUGUCUUUAGCUUUGCUGGAUCUUUGUCUGUAAAUGAUUGGUUUGCUGGAAGUGCCUUUGGAGAAAUGAAGGUGGAUCUUCAGUUCUUUCCUUCUCUCAAAUAUGUUGGUCUUGAUCAAACUGGCAGGGUCAAUGAAGCCUUUUUCAAAAGAUUCGAAGCAGUUUUGGCUAAUCCACGGUUCAAAGUUGAGGUGGAAAAAGCUGUGGCCGACAGAAGGCAAGUUGUAUUUACUGGUCACUCUUCAGGAGGGGCAAUUGCCAUACUGGCAACAGCUUGGUUCUUGGAAGUGUACAAUAGACAGAGCUCCAACUGCAUUGCGCCACUCUGCCUGACUUUUGGAUCUCCCCUUGUCGGUGAUUACAUUAUAAACAUUGCAAUUAGGCGUGAAAAAUGGUCUCGCUACUUUGUGAAUUUCGUUAUGAGAUAUGACAUUGUCCCUCGGAUUUCACUCUGUCCACUCUCUUCCAUUAAGCAACAACUUCAGCGAGUCCUCGAUUACUUUAAUCAAAACGCGCAACAACCUCCUAAUGAUGCCCCAGCUUUCUAUGAAACUGUGGUGAAAAAUGCAUCAUCUGUUGCUAACUAUGCUGCCUGUAAGAUCAUGGGGAGCACGAAUUCGUUGCUGGAAACUGUAUCGAGUUUCAUUGAACCAAGUCCGUAUAGACCCUUCGGGACUUACGUCUUUUGUACAGGAACUGGGAAACUUGUUGUCAUAAGUAACCCUGAUGCUGUGCUGCAAGUACUGUUCUAUUCCUCCCAGUUGAGCACUGAAGAAGAAAAGGUGACAGUUGCCCAAACAAGCCUAAGAGAUCAUUUGAACUACGAAAAUUACCUGCAAAAGCACUUAAAAACGCCAGCUGUAACAAGUUUAUUCCAUCAUCACCAAGAAGCACUUGCAGUGUCUUGGAAUGUUGCAAGCGUUGAGCGUGAGAAAGUUGAUAUGGCCUUGAAUGACCUAGGCCUGAGUGAAAGAGCCAGACUGUCUCUUCGUGCUGCUGAAGCGUUAGAGAAGCAGAAGUUGAGGAACCAGGCUACAAUUGAUGGAAAGAAGAAAGAUAUUGAGAAAUGUUUAGAUAAGCUACAAGAAUACCAAAGUAAGUGUGCACAUAAAGUUGGCUAUUAUGACGCCUUCAAGAGUUCAGAAGAAGAGGAGGAUUUCCAUGCUAAUGUAGAUAGGCUUGAGCUAGCAGGUAUAUGGGAUGUAAUAAUAGAAAUGUUGAAAAGGUAUGAACUCCCUGAUGAGUUUGAGGGCCAGAAGGAAUGGAUAGGUCUCGGAACCAGGUAUCGCCGCAUUGUUGAACCCUUGGAUAUCGCAAAUUACUACCGACACCUCAAGAAUGAAGACACAGGACCCUAUAUGGGAAAGGGCAGGCCAAGACGGUAUAAAUGCACUCAAAAAUGGCGUGAGCAUGCUGAGCAGUUGCCAAAUGAAAUUCCAGAAUCCUGUUUCUGGGCUGAGGUAGAGGAACUAUGCAUUAAAGCAGGUUGCCAGGGAACUAUAGAAAGCAUUUUGCACCUAAAGACCAAAGUUGAUAAGUGGAUUCAAAAUGAGGAACUUGGUGGUGAUGUUCUGCUGGAGAAUUCCACCUUUACGAAAUUGCAGAAACAACAUUUCCUGACCAACUGAUCUCUGGAUCUUGCAUUUUAGAGCUAAGGACGGAGUUGUAUGUCCAGGGACUUUUAGAAGUGUAACUAAUGUUAUUAUGAUCCUCUUGCAUACCUGAGCAAGAACUUUUUCUUAAUUAGUAAAUAUAUCCUGUAACUAAUAGUAUUGAUCUUAUUCAUAUAAAAUAUAUUUAUUAUUAAUAAAGGUUUUAUUUAUCUUUAA